AUGCUUCGUCCAGCCACCGCCGUCGAAGCCACCGCCUUGCUUGCCGGUCGUCUCCGGCGCUGUUCGAACUUCGAAGCCACCGUCGUCGCCGCAACUGGUCUCGCCUCGUUCCUCCAUCGCGCAACCACUGUCCCGCCACGUCGCCUCUGUUCCACCGCGUCAGCCCCACCGUCGUGCUCCUUGUCCCGCUCUGGUUCUGAGAAUGGUGACACUGUGAACUAUGCAACUGUGGUCAGGGAAGUGAAAGCAUAUUUGAAGAAAGGUGUUGCAGCGAAGGAAUUGCAGUCACAUAUUGCUGCAUUUCCUGUAUCUGCUCAGGAGAAGAUGAAUGCACUUCUUGAAGGAUUAUUUGAUGUCGUCGAAAAGACGUUUGGAAAAGAAGAAGCUACCAAGAGGAAGAAUCACCUUGCUGGUGCAGUUGCUGGAGAUGACGAGGGAUCGCAGCUGUUAUUGCUCAAUGCUGCUGAGGUGUUCUGUUACAAGAAAGGUAGCAAUGAGUUGAAUGAGGUUGCACUUAUUCUGAAAGCCCUCUAUGAUGUUGAUUUGGUGGAGGAAGAGCACGUCGUGCAUUGGUAUUCAAAGGGACUGAAGGGUGAUAAGAAGGACUCUCAGAUAUGGAAGAAUGCUCAACCAUUCAUUGAUUGUCUUCGGAAUGUUGAAUCAGAAUCGGAGGAAGAAUGAGAAAAGUUUGUAUUCAAGGGUUUAAUGUGGAUUUCAGUGUUUCUUUUAAGUAUUUUCGUUUGUUGAAUUGGUUUCUCUCUUAGAGAUGAAUCAGAAUCAGAAUGCUGUCCAUCCAGGAGGGUUAAACUAGUUAGCUAUAUGUUAUAGAACUAUGGUUUUGGUCGUUUCUGCUUCUCCUGUAUAAUACUUAAGUGGUUCUUGAUGUUUGAAAUG